AUGACUUCAUCGGAAGGCCAUGAGUUGACAUUACCUCCGUGCCCGCUCGGGGCGGAGCUAGAUCACGAGUUUAAUCCUGAAUUGGACAGCAAGCAUCCAUCACCGCCGCCGCCCUUGUCUUCGUGUGAAACUGAUGACAUGCACGAGGACCACAUUAGCUUUCUCCGCACCGUCAACGCAUUUCGUUCCUACAGAAGUCGGGCACUGGGGGCUCGGGAGAUUCGUUUAAAUGACUUUAUGAAAUUUCAUGAGCAAUAUCGACAAAUUCUCUGUCUUGAUUUGGAUCGUAUGUUCAGUACCUACCUUAAUUGCAUUGAAAGCAACAGUCGCUUUUUUGAAUCCAUCUGUAACACCUCCUCAGAACUCUUUGAUUCCUACUGGCCUACAGGUACCACCGUGCGGCCGGAGGAUGUCCCAGCGCCCACCCCGCUGGAUAUUGACAAGGUAUUUACGACGCUCCGUCAGUUUGUACGGGACUGGUCAGCCGAGGGCGCCCCAGAACGGAACUCUGUGUACCUGCCAAUUCUUACUACACUAGAGAAUUCUUACCCCGAUUGCGCAACAAGAGCGGGUGUUAAAAUUCUUGUUCCCGGUGCUGGGUUGUGUCGUCUCUCUGUUGAACUCGCUCUGCGUGGGUUUGCAGCGCAGGCAAAUGAGUUUAGUUAUCAUAUGCUAAUUGCGGGACACUACAUUCAAAAUCAUGUCGUUUCCUCGUGUCAGCACACCAUCUACCCCUACGUUGACAACACGAGUAAUCUUGUAAAUCGAGAGGAUCAGUUUGUGGAUGUGCAUAUUCCUGAUCUAUGUGCCUUUGAGGCCAUUGAUAACCUUCGUGAAGAGGAGGAGCGUUCUUUUGGUGAACUUUCCAUGGUAGCGGGUGACUUCACAGAGGUUUACGCCAAGGAACACCAACACAAAAGCUGGAAUGCUGUGGCCACGUGCUUUUUUAUUGACACGGCGCAUAACAUUGUGGAAUACAUAGAGAUCAUUUACAACCUGCUCGUACCAGGCGGGUACUGGGUAAAUGUUGGGCCACUGCUGUACCACUUUGCGGAUUCCUCAGAUGACAUGUCCAUUGAACUUUCGCUGGGGGAGGUGCUCACAGUGGCGCAGCGCAUUGGAUUUGUUCUUCUUCGCCAGCCGGAGUUUAUCGACACAACCUAUACAAAUAAUCAUCGAAGCAUGAAGCAGCUUGUUUACAGGUGUGCCUUUUUUACACUUCAGCGGCCGCUCACAGCAGAUAAGGAGCGAGAGCAGCAGGACAAAAACCCCACUGUGACAAAGAUAUAA